AUGAAUGCGAUUUCUAUAACCCUGCAAAUGAAACGUUUCAAAUGUGGUUCAGUUCAGGAAGAAUCUGUGAGCCCUCCCAACCCAUACAACAUAUACGAUGAUUGUGGCGCUAAUUCCGCUUAUAUUAGACUUUAUAACAGAUAUUACGCAAAGAAAUUAAACAAAAAGCCUAUUAGGGAAAGGUCUAAUGAUAAUUACAAUUGUCCUCAUGAUGGUUAUGAAGAUUAUCUCAAUUUACCACAAGUACGUAAAGCACUGCACGUACGAACUGAAGACACCCAUAAGUGGUCUGAUUGUGGUGGUGAGUACGAGGGUACUAUUACAGGCCAACGUAAAGUAAUUAAUGAGCUUUUAAAUACAUAUAAAAUUGGAAAAAUUGUAAUAUUUAACGGAAACUUUGACACUGUAUGUGAUUUCAUUGAUAACCAGCGAUUUGUUGACAGUCUGGGACUCACAAAAGUUAGCCCCUAUAGUUCGUGGACAACACCCGAUGGAAGUGUUGCUGGUUUUGUGCAGCACUACGAGAAAAACCUGAGUUUCGUGUUAGUCCGCGGGGCCGGACAUAUGGUCCCUCACGACAAACCAGAGCCUGCCCUACAGUUACUCAAGAAUAUCGUCGGAAUUACACAGUUUUAA